UUGCAAAACGGGGGGGUGGAAAGGCCGGCCGCUGCAACGGAGCGGCACAAACCACCAUGCAGCUUGCGUUAUGGGCAGUGGGAUUAAGCACGCUGUUCCUGCAGGACUUCUUGAAUGUAGCCGGUGUAACAGCCAGGAUUCAGGGGUUGCAUCCGAGACAAGCUAAACUUCUGGACGCCCUGAGCGAGUACGAGAUCGUGACUCCGACUCGGGUGAAUGAGUUCGGGGAGCCCUUUCCUGCCAAGGUCCACUUUCAAAGGACAAAGCGGAGCCUGCCUCUGGACGCUGAGCCGUGGGGCCUGAAUGCUACCUCUUCCCCCUCCGCCUCUUCCAGCGCCGCCCAAGCCCACUACAAGCUCUCCGCCUUUGGGCAGCACUUUUUCUUCAACCUUUCAGCCCAUGCGGGAUUUAUUGCCCCUCUCUUCACUGUCAGCUUCCUCGGAGAACCGGGGGUUAACCAAACAAACUUUUACACCGAAGAGGAGAGCGAUAUUAAGCACUGCUUUUAUAGAGGCCAUGUCAAUACAAAGCCCCAAUACACUGCUGUGAUCAGCCUCUGUUCUGGGAUGCUAGGCACAUUCAGGUCACAUGAUGGAGACUAUUUCGUAGAACCACUGUUGACAUCUGACCAACGAGAACAUGAAGAAGAGUAUACCAAGCCACACGUGGUCUACAGACACAGUAUACCUCCAACAGAUGCUCCAAGGGACAGGCAGACCUGUGACACUUCAGGGCAUGUAAAAAAUCACAGAAAGUUCAAGAGGAAAAGCGGGACAAGACAGCGGCCCCCAACUAGCAUAUUAUCUGAUGUAGAAGUGUUGAAACAUAGUAUAGCCUUACAGCAGUUUCCUGCAUCCAGCAACAACAGGACUGGUAACACAAGGGGGGAAAAUGGUCACCGAAGAACCAAGCGAUUCCUCUCCUAUCCCCGAUUUGUGGAGGUUAUGGUUGUGGCAGACAGCCGAAUGGUUGCUUACCAUGGAGCAAAUCUACAACACUACAUUUUGACGUUGAUGUCAAUAGUAGCUUCGAUAUAUAAAGACCCAAGCAUUGGAAAUUUAAUUAAUAUUGUUAUUGUGAAAUUAGUCGUCAUACAUAAUGAGCAGGAUGGACCUUCCAUAUCUUACAAUGCCCAGACAACGUUAAAAAACUUCUGUCAAUGGCAGCAAACGCAGAACCACCCGAAUGAGCACCACCCAGCUAAACAUGACACUGCUGUAUUGGUGACAAGACAGGAUAUUUGUAGAGCUCAAGACAAAUGUGAUACUUUAGGUCUGGCCGAACUGGGUACAGUCUGUGAUCCAUACCGGAGCUGUUCAAUCAGUGAAGACAGUGGCCUAAGUACAGCUUUUACGAUUGCACAUGAACUUGGCCAUGUCUUUAACAUGCCUCAUGAUGACAACAAUAAAUGCAAAGAAGAUGGAGGGAAGAACCAACAGCAUGUUAUGGCUCCCACCCUGAACUAUAACACUAACCCUUGGAUGUGGUCAAAAUGUAGCCGGAAAUACAUCACUGAAUUUCUAGACACUGGUUAUGGGGAGUGCUUGCUUGACGAACCUUCGUCGAGAAUGUACACUUUGCCUCAGCAACUUCCAGGAUACAUUUAUGAUGUCAAUAAGCAAUGCGAGUUAAUUUUUGGGCCUGGAGCUAAGGUUUGCCCAUAUAUGCAGAAGCAGUGCAGGAGACUUUGGUGCAUCAAUGCUGACGGAGCACACAAGGGAUGCCGCACUCAACACACGCCGUGGGCUGAUGGGACGGAAUGUGGCCAAGGAAAGCACUGCAAGUAUGGCCACUGCGUUCCCAGGGAGCGAGAACUGCCAGUAAUAGAUGGGACGUGGGGUACGUGGAGCCCCUUUGGAGCUUGCUCACGAACUUGCGGCGGGGGCAUUAAAAACGCUGUCCGAGAGUGCAACCGGCCUGAGCCAAAAAAUGGUGGAAAGUACUGUGUGGGACGCAGAAUGAAGUUUAAAUCCUGCAACACUGACCCUUGUUCUAAGCAAAAGAAAGAUUUCCGAGAUGAACAGUGUGCAGUCUUUGAUGGGAAGCAUUUUAACAUUAACGGACUACCUCCUAAUGUGCGCUGGGUUCCUAAAUAUAGCGGAAUUUUAAUGAAAGACAGGUGCAAGCUCUUCUGCAGAGUGGCGGGAAACACAGCCUACUAUCAGCUCAGGGACAGGGUUAUUGAUGGCACCCCUUGUGGCCCUGACACAAAUGACAUCUGUGUUCAAGGACUUUGUCGGCAAGCUGGAUGUGAUCAUGUGCUCAAUUCCAAAGCCAGAAGAGAUAAAUGUGGCGUAUGUGGUGGUGAUAAUUCGUCAUGCAGAACGAUUCAAGGGACAUUCAACACAGUGCACUAUGGUUAUAACACUGUGGUACGCAUACCAGCUGGUGCUACAAACAUUGACGUACGACAGCAUAGUUACUCAGGGAAACCGGAAGAUGAUAACUACCUUGCAUUGUCAGGUAACGAAGGCUUCAUACUAAAUGGAGACUAUGUUGUCAGCAUGUUUAAAAAGGAAAUCAAAGUUGGAAACGCUGUGAUAGAAUACAGUGGCUCGGACUCUUACAUUGAACGAAUCAAUUCUACGUACCGUAUUGAUCAAGAAAUAGUUCUUCAGGUUUUAUCGGUGGGUAAUUUAUACAACCCUGAUGUUCGAUACACGUUCAAUAUCCCCAUUGAAGAUAAACCCCAGCAGUUUUAUUGGAAUAUCUACGGCCCUUGGCAGCCCUGUAGUAAAGUGUGCCAAGGAGAACGAAAGAGGAAACUCAUUUGCACCCGAGAGUCUGACCAACUCAUGGUGUCUGACCAAAGAUGUGUUGGAAUUCCCCAACCUGAUCCAGUGACUGAGCAGUGUAACACAAACUGUGAAUUAAGGUGGCAUAUUGCCAGAAAGAGCGAAUGCACUGCGCAGUGUGGACUGGGAUACCAAAUGCUGGAGAUUUCCUGCACAAAGUACAACAAGUUGGAAGGGAAAAUUGAGAAAUUCGACGAUCGCUAUUGCAGCAGCAUUCCCAAACCCAGCUCUAGGGAGAAAUGUUCAUCAGAAUGCCACGCUGGAGGAUGGCGCUAUUCAGCUUGGACAGAAUGUUCCAAGAGCUGUGGAGGGGGCACAAAGAGGCGCCGGGCUGUAUGCAUGAAUACCUUCAACGAUGUUCUGGAGGACAGUAAAUGCAGUCAGCAGGAGAAGGUGACGGUUCAGCGCUGCAAUGAACUGUCAUGUCCGCAGUGGAGAACUGGCGAUUGGUCAGAAUGCUUGGUAACUUGUGGGAAAGGGCACAAACACCGACAGAUUUGGUGCCAGUUUGGAGGUGAGCGGAUGAGUGACAGGCCUUGCAAUCCUGACACAAAACCGGAUUCCAUGCAGGCUUGUCAGCAACAGGAAUGUGCUGCGUGGCAAGUGGGACCAUGGGGCCAGUGCACUGCAAUAUGUGGGCAGGGCUACCAAAUGAGAGCGGUGAAAUGUGUGGUCGGUGCCUACGUCUCUGUGGUGGAUGAUAAUGAGUGCAAUGCCGCCACCAAACCAACAGACACACAGGACUGUGAAACAGCACCCUGCCGUCUUCACCCAAGCAAUCCAGAAACGAAAGAAAGUAUGCCUGGCGGCCACAGAACACAAUGGAGAUUUGGAUCCUGGACUCCAUGCUCAACUACGUGUGGGAAAGGCACCAGGAUGAGAUAUGUCAGCUGUCGAGAUGAUCAGGGCUCUGUGGCUGACGAGACUGCCUGCUUUCACCUUCCGAAGCCGUCGGCGACAGAAGUGUGCACUGUAACACCAUGUGGGCGGUGGAAGGCCAUGGAAUGGAGUUCUUGCUCUGUAACUUGUGGGCAAGGGAAAGUGACUCGGCAGGUAGCCUGCAUCGAUUACAACGACCAGGUUGUUGAAAGGAGCGAGUGUGAUCCUGAGGACAUCCCUGCGACAGAGCAAGAUUGCUCCAUGGCAUCAUGUCAACAGAUCAACCCUGACUACAACAGGCCAAUCCAUCCUUUCCCUUAUCCUGACUAUCGUCAGAAGAACAGCCAGGGGGGAAACCUGAACCGAAACCAAGGCCGUGGACACGUUCAUGGAGGCAGUCAGUGGAGAACUGGGCCAUGGGGAGCAUGUUCCAGUACAUGUGCUGGGGGAUUUCAGCGGCGGGUUGUGGUAUGCCAGGAUGAAAAUGGAUAUACUGCUAGUCAUUGUGAUGGAAGAACAAAACCAGAUGAGCAGAGAUCGUGUGAAUCUGGGCCCUGCCCUCAGUGGGCCUAUGGUAGCUGGGGUGAGUGUACGAAGCCAUGUGGUGGAGGAACGAGAACGAGACUGGUCGUGUGCCAGCAUCCCAAUGGAGAGAGAUUUACUGAUCUGAGCUGUGAAAUCCUUGACAAGCCCCCUGACCGUGAGCAGUGCAGUAUGCAGGACUGCCCUCGCGAGGCUGCCUGGAACACUGGCCCUUGGAGCUCGUGUUCAGUCUCUUGUGGCCGAGGGCAAAAGUACCGAGACGUUUAUUGCUUGUCGAAGGAUGGGAAACAUUUGGAAAAUGAUCUUUGUAAGCAUCUGGCUAAACCGAACGUGCAAAAGAAAUGUAGAGGUGGCAGGUGCCCAAAGUGGAAAACAGGAGACUGGGGUCAGUGCUCAGUUUCCUGUGGGAGAGGUGUUCAGCAGAGAAGCGUCUACUGCCAUCUUGGCAGUCACAAAACAAUUAGGGAAUCUGAAUGUGACCAGCUCAGCAGACCAAUUUCAGAACAGGAGUGCCAAAUGACUGAAUGUGCCAUCUACAAGUGGGAAACAGAAGAUUGGCAAGAUUGCAGCAAAACAUGUGGUGAGGGGUCCAAAUACCGCAAAGUGAUCUGCUUGGAUCGAAACAGACAAGAAGUGGAUGGACUUCACUGUGAUCCGAGCAAGAGGCCACCUAGUGUUGAAAGUUGCAACCUGCCACCAUGCGAGUACAUAUGGAUUACAGGGGACUGGUCAGAGUGUUCUGUGACAUGCGGGAAAGGCUACAGGCAACGGCUGGUCUCCUGCAGUGAAAUUUACACUGGGAAGGACCAUUACGAGUACGGUUAUCAGAACACAGUCAACUGCCCGGGCACACAACCAGCAAAUGUAGACUCGUGCUUCCUGGGUGAAUGUCCAGUUUUGGCAGUGUGGAGAGUUGGAAAUUGGGGAAGUUGCUCGGUGACUUGUGGGAUUGGGGUAAUGCACCGGUCGGUUCAGUGCCUUACGAACGAUGACCAGGCAAGCAAUUUAUGCCUUGAUGAUUUGAAACCUGAAGAGAGAAGAACAUGCCACAAUAUUCACGAAUGUGAGUUACCAACAAGCUGCAAGGAAGUAAAAACUCUCAAAGGCGUCAAUGAAGAUGGAGAAUUUUACCUUACAGUCAAAGGAAGGCUCUUAAAGAUAUAUUGUGCUGGCAUGGAAUCUGCCAGACCAAAAGAAUAUGUGACUCUUGUAAAUGGUGAAGCGGAGAAUUUUUCUGAAGUCUACAGCUACAGGUUACAUAACCCGACCGAAUGUCCGUAUAAUGGGAGCAGAAGAGAAGACUGCCAGUGUAGGAAAGAUUACACAGCAGCUGGGUUUUCUGCCUUCAGCAAAGUAAGGCUGGACCUGAACGCUAUGCAGAUAAUAACAACCGAUUUGCAGUUUGCGCAGACACUUGAUGGACGACCUGUUCCUUUUGCCACUGCCGGGGAUUGCUACAGUGCAGCCAAGUGCCCACAGGGGCGCUUUAGCAUCAGCCUUUCUGGAACUGGCCUGUCGGUGACACAAACGGCAAGAUGGCUUUCCCAAGGGAAUUACGCCGUUUCAGAAAUUACAAAAUCACCAGAUGGUACCAAAGUAAUAGGGAAAUGUGGUGGUUACUGUGGAAAAUGUACUCCAUCAUCUGGAACUGGCCUCGAUGUACAAGUGUUGUAGCAAUGGGUCUCUGAAUGCCGGGAGCUGAAGCAAGAUGGAUGAAGGAUAAUUAAGCAAUACCUCUGCCUUCCACUUUUGUACUUCUUUCACUGUGUGUAUGUCUG